AUUCUUUUAUUUGUACCAUUUUGCAUUCUACGCUUAUCAUUACCGCUUCAGUGGACAAAACCGAAGUUUGGCAUUAGUAUCCUCUUGGUUAUUCAUACAGCACUCCAUGUUUUACUUUUUCCAUCGUUACGAGCUGCCUGUCAUUAUUCAACAAGCGCAAAUACUUAUCAUAACAAACAAUCAGAAUGUGGCAGGGAAUGGCCCCCAACAGAGGCAGCAGCAGCAGCUGCAGGGCCAGGGGCGGCCAGCUGCAAUUAUAAUGGGUCGACUAUUUCGUCGCCCGGCUCGUCAGCAACAGCAGCAACAACAAGAACAGCAGCUCAUUGAUGCUCUACGAAAUCAGCGACAAAUACCAUUCGUUGGUGGCUUGCUGCAGCGACGCGUCGGAGCUGUGGACACUUUGCGGCGCACGCUUCUACAACGUGGCUGGAUGGGAGCGCCACGUGUCCGCGUACAAAUCGCCAAUUUGCAACGCAUCAAUUUGCGUUCCAUUCAAAUAAAUCCAGCCAAUUUGGAUGCAGCCGCCGCCUCAGCAGCAGGCGAAGCAGCAACGGGUGAUGGUGCUGGAAGUGGAAGUGGCACCGGCGGUACAACGAUAGAUGGCAAUAUUACCAUAACACAGGUGGCAGACGCAGAUGGCUCAACAAAUGCAAUGGCAAUGGCAAUGGGAAGCAACACCAGUAGUGGCAGCGGCCAAACCAUUGGCAUAACAAUCUCUUUUAAUCCGCCAGCCACAGACGAUGUAGACACGAGGUCGGCAACUGGCGCUGAAAAUGUUGCACAAACCCCCCCAUCAGUGGCAACUUCUUCGUUGAAUGACGCGCGGACAACAGAAGCUAUGCCAAAUACUGCCGCAGAACUACAGCCGGUAUCAACAACAAUAACAGCUCCAAAAUGUGAAAAUCCGGAGGAAGAAAGUUCAUGCAAAAAUGAGGCAAACAUUAAUAACGACGCAGCAAUGUCGAAAAAUGAUGAAAAAACCCCUUCGAGUUCCAUAGAAAACCAAUCAAACCAGGGUGUCAAUAAAGAGCCUGUACUUAACGAAGAAAAGAAACCGAACACAGACAAUUCAUUGGGAACAGGAACAUUCGAAAAUGUGGUUGACUCCGAAACGACUCAACAACACUUAGAGGGCGAAUAUUUGCCAGCGAGAAACUUGAGUGCAAGCGUGGUGUGUGAAGAGGGAGAGGGGAACAGUUUAGCCGAACAGAUCAACACGAACGUACCAUCAUUUGUAGAACUAUCGCCAACUAUCGUUGAGCGUGGGCAAGAGGUGGUGGUGGCAAUAUUAAACACGUCAGUAGUGUCGCAGCCUUUGCUUUUGCCAAACUCAACUACUGUGGCCGAAGCGACAUCGUCGGCAUCCAUGCAGACAACUGCAGCGUCGCCAAAUAUGCUUGCCGCAUCUCAACACACGCAUCCAGCACGAACACGUCUAAGUCCAAUAUCAGCAGCAAGUGUUGUUUCACUUACAUCCACAUCACCAGUGCCAUCUGCAGCCACGGACAAUGUCGUCGACGUUACCGACGAUCAGAACGACGUCAGAAGCCAUUCAGAAAAUACGAAGCCAGGCACUCGUCUGAAUUCGACCGACAGUUCACAGGCAAUGGCGGUACAGCUGGAGCACGAUUCAUUUUCAAACAUUACGAGCAAUUUUGAUCCUCAAGAGACACCUAUAACGAGUUGCUGCGAGUUUUCCAUAGAUCCAGAGUAAGGGGUGUCCCUAUAAACUAAACGUGAAUUACUUAUGGCAAACUGGUGAAACUAUGCUCACGAAAGUCUUAGCUAUACAAAACAGAUACGAAAUGGAAGACAUACAAUUUUAGUUCAUUUGUGUAUGUAUAUAUAUAAGUGUGUAUGAAUUAUACAAUGCUUGUACUAUUAGACAUU